CCAAAUGCCAAAUUUUAAUGGACUAGAUAGAUGCGUGGUCUGGUAACACUUUUCAGUUGCGUCCUUUUCUUCGGACGGUUGUUACGUAUGUUUAUCAUUGUUGACUUGUGAAAUGAAGUUUGUAAAAACUUUCGAAGUUCAUAAAAAGUUAUAAAUUCAUGAAAUAUAAAAGCAAAUGCUCAAAUAUUUCAGAAAUGCGUAAAGUACAGUUAUUUGAAAGAAAAUUAAGUUUUAUAUAAAUUGUAAAGUUGAGUGAACUUGUAAAGUUGUGUUGUGUGUGAGUAAUCCCUUGUUCAUAGGUGCAAGGCGAGCGAAUUCUACAGGUGUGAAUGGAAUGUUGUGGACUUUGAAAGCCUAGCAACGACUAACUAUUAAAAUGAAAGUUCUCAUUACUAUUAAAUUACCUGUAAAUUUAAUUUAAUCAAUUAAUGCAAUGUAACACCAAAAGUGAACAAAUUUUAAAUUACGAAAUAAUGAUGGAAGAAUUAGAGCGGUGGUUCAAAAUGAAUUCCUUGCUAUGUGUUAGUAUUUUGCUAACAUUAUUUUUCAGUUUAGAACUAACGUCAUCUGCAGAUACGAAUGUACAAAUGCAACCACCUCGAUUUAGUAUGCAACCUUCCACGUCAAAUAUUGUCAGAGAGGGUACAACCAAGAUACUACAAUAUUCUGCGAUGGGUAUACCACAACCGAUGUACAAAUGGCUGAAAAAUGGAAUCCCCCUGACUGAUUACUCUUCCGAAUUAUUUUAUAAAAUUCACAACACACAACGGCAAGAUGCCGGCGCUUAUCAGUGUAUCGCAAAAAACGACGUGGGUGCAAUUUUCAGCAAAAAAAGUCAUAUAAUAGUAGCCUAUAUGGGAGUAUUCGAUAACAUAACUGAUACAGUCGUAAGUGUAGAAUCUGGUAGGGCAGCUAUAAUUGAAUUUCCCCAUAUUGAAUCGGAACCAUCCCCUUCGGUUAUUUGGCAAGAUCAACAUGGAGCUUUAAAAUACGAUCAAAAAUAUGCAGUAACUGGGAAACAUCAACUAGUCAUAUUAUGUGCGAAUCAUGAAGAUGAAAGAUCAUAUCGAGUUCGAGCUAUAAAUACACAACUAGGUAAAGAAGAAAACAGUCCUUAUAUCAAAUUAAAUGUAUACGGUGCUGAUGACAAAGAAAUACCACCGGAAAUCGUUAUUAAACCAGAGGAUACCACAAUAACAAAAGGACAAGAAUACACUGACUUGUACUGUAUCGCAAAUGCGAGACCACUUCACGAAUUAGAGACUUUAUGGUUCAAAGACGGUAUCAUGAUCGAUCUAGCAGGAAUUACAUUUAACUUAAACGACCAAUGGAAUAGAACUCUAUCCCUUAUAUCUGCUAACUUAACCCACACGGGGCAGUACACGUGUCAAGCGAGGUUGAAAACCGGCGGUUUUGCCACUGUUACCGCAUCCGCAACAGUCACAGUUUAUGAGAAGCCAGUAUUCUUAACGAAUUUAAGAUCCGAAACUUUUGGAGAAUUCGGAAAAUCUAUUGUAUUGGAAUGUGAUGUUCAAGGUAUACCGUUACCUGGGAUCACUUGGUAUAAAGACGCUAAAAAGAUCGCGAGUGUAGGUGCUGAAGUCGGAGAAUCGGACAACUCAGAUGUUGAUGAUGGCGGAGGCAGGUACAGAGUCGAAGUGGAUCGAUCACUUGUCAUCAGCGAUCUAAAAAUGGAAGACAUGGGUAUUUUUCAAUGUAUAGCGAGCAACGACGCCGGGGAAACGUCCAUAUACACGUGGCUGAAAAUAAAGACGUCCCCGCCUAUAAUGCAGACUCCGCCAUCGAAUCUGACCGUACUCGACGGGAAAGACGCAACUAUUUCAUGCCGUGCCAUCGGAGCACCAACUCCCAACGUUACCUGGUACUUUAAUGACUCCUUAAUAAUAAAUCUAUCUGGACGACUGCAAGCUCUUGAAGAUGGAGAUUUAUUGAUAACUAGCACAACAACAGCAGACAGCGGCAAAUAUACGUGUCUUCGUGCGAACGACGCCGGAAACGUAUCUGGAGAGGCAUAUCUGACAGUACUCGUGAGAACUCAAAUUAUUGCUCCGCCUGUGGACACUCGAGUGCUUCUAGGUCAUACAGCGACGUUGCAAUGCAAAGUUUCGAACGAUCCCAAUGUCAAAUACAAUAUUGAUUGGUUCCACAACAAGCAGCCGAUGACAGCUGGCUCCAGGGUGAUAGUGUCGGCGGACGGGGCACUGCAAGUGCAGGCGGUGCGCGCUAGCGACGCCGGCGAGUACACGUGCGUGGUGACGUCACCGGGCGGCAACCACACGCGGCACGCGGUCCUCUCCGUCAUCGAGCUGCCCUUUGCACCGACAAACGUCCGCGCAAUGAGACUGGAGGCGGCCUCUCAGCGCGCCGUCAACAUAUCGUGGACACCCGGUUUUGACGGAAACUCACCGAUCCAAAAGUUUAUAGUUCAAAGGAGAGUCGUCCCCGAAUUCGGACCUAUACCGGACCCAUUGCUAAAUUGGGUAACAGAACCGAUGAACGUUUCUUCGACCCAACGCUGGGCUUUAUUGACGAGUUUGAAGGCCGCCACUUCGUACCAGUUCAGAGUCUCAGCUGUGAACACAGUAGGGGAAGGGCCGCCGUCGGACCCGACAGACGUGCUGACCCUUCCACAGGAAGCGCCGUCCGGUCCUCCCGUUGGAUUCAUAGCUUCCGCGCGUUCUUCAUCAGAAAUAAUAACCCAAUGGCAGCCUCCUUUAGAAGAGCAUCGAAACGGACACAUUCUUGGAUUCGUCAUUAGAUACAGACUACGUGGCUACGAAAACAGCCCUUGGACUUACCAGAACAUCACCAACGAGGCACAGAGGAACUAUUUAAUACAAGACUUGAUCACGUGGAAAGAUUACAACAUCCAGAUUGCUGCGUACAACGACAAAGGUGUUGGAGUAUUCUCAGAUAGCUACACUAUCAAAACGAAGGAGGGAGUGCCCGAGGCGGCGCCCGACAGCGUGCGGUGUGAGGCGUACAACUCGACCGCGGUCAUGGUCACGUGGACCCCGCCGAACCCGCAGAAAAUUAACGGCAUCAACCAGGGCUAUAAGAUUCAAGCGUGGAAAUGGGACGACGCAGAGAACGAAAACGUUGAACAGAAAUUAGCAAGUGUGCCGCCCAACUUGCUGGACCCCCUCACCGAACAGUCGGCCAUAAUAGAUGACCUCGAGCGGUUCACGGAAUACAAUAUCACGGUGUUGUGCUUCACGGAACCAGGAGACGGACCCCGCAGCGAUUACUUCGUCGUUAGGACCAAAGAAGACAUUCCCGACGAAGUUGGAAGUCUGCUUUUUGAUGAAAUAUCAGACCGCGCAGUAAGAGUGUCGUGGAGUCCACCGAAAAAGUCCAACGGUAUUCUGCUCGGCUACAAACUGUCUUAUGAAAUAAUAAACAAUUCGAAGUCUUACAAAGAAGAGGUCCUACCGCCAAACGUUACGAGCAUCAAAGUCGAACAAUUGCAAGCGAGCACCCAUUACAAGUUCUGGCUGUGUGGCAUGACGGCGGUGGGGUCGGGCGCGGCCCGCGCGGCCACCAUCCAGUCGGGCGUGGAGCCCGUGCUGCCCGACGCGCCGCGGAACCUCGCCCUCUCCAACAUCGACGCCUUCUCUGUGCUGCUGCAGUUCACCCCCGGCUUCGACGGCAACUCUUCUAUAUCGCUGUGGACCGUGCAGGCGCAAACGGCACGCAACUCGUCUUGGAUUACAAUCUAUGAAGUGAACGCUCCAGAAGCUCAAUCCAUACUGGUCACCGGCUUGGUCCCCUUCACGACAUACAGACUGCGCUUGAUAGCGACUAAUGUAGUAGGAUCCUCUCAACCUUCGGAGCCCUGUAAGGAGUUUCAGACCAUCCAGGCGCCUCCGCGUCAUCCCCCCAAGAACGUCACGGUUCGCGCCGUCAGUGCCAAUAACUUGAGAGUGAGAUGGAUUCCUUUACAGCAGAGCGAAUGGUACGGUAACCCUAAAGGCUAUAACAUAACGUACAAGAGGAGCGGAACAAAUGACACACUUCAUAGCAUUAUCGAAGAUCACACGGCCAAUUCACAUGUCUUAGCCAAUUUGGAGGAGUGGUCGGUCUACGAAAUACGUAUGACUGCAAUAAACGAAGUGGGCACUUCAGCCGAAAGUCCUACGGCUUUUGAGAGGACCAGGGAAGCUGUGCCAUCACGAGGCCCGAGCGACGUAUCAGCGAACGCCACUUCAUCGACUACGGUGGUGGUCUUGUGGGGCGACAUCUCUGCACAAGAUCAAAACGGUCUCAUUGAAGGCUACAAGGUGUGCUACGCGGCCGUGACGCCGCCGCCGCGCCCCGAACACAAGAAGAUCGAAUGUCAAGCAAUACCCUCCAAUCAGACGCACACUGUCACACUGACCGAGCUCAGGAAAUACGUCGUGUACCAGAUACAAGUGCUCGGCUACACGAGGCUGGGCGACGGAGCACUCAGCGACCCCCCGGUUACUGCAAGGACUUUUGAAGACACACCGGGGCCCCCAUCCAACGUCUCUUUCCCCGAUGUCACGUUUACGACAGCUCGGAUCAUAUGGGAUGUACCGGAGGACCCGAACGGCGAGAUACUCGCUUACAAAGUCGUGUACCAUCUCAAUAGUUCCACGCAGCACAUGUUCUCCAGAGAAUUUUUACCGUCAGACCGCACAUUUAGAGCGACAGAGUUGUCGUCGGAGCAGUACUACGUGUUCAGCGUGCGCGCUCAGACGCGACUGGGCUGGGGGGUGACCGCCCGCGCGCUCGUACUGACGACGGCCAACCGCUCCCCGCCCCUGCCGCCCCCGCGCCCGCACGUAGCGCGCUCCUUGCUGCAGCCGCACCACAUCACCUUCUCCUGGACGCCCGGAGACGACGGAUACGCGCCGCUCAGGUACUACACAGUUCAGCAAAAGGAGGAAGGAGGCACGUGGCAAACUAUCCCUGAGAGAAUAGAUCCGUUUGCCACAUCCUACACCGCUGAGGGCUUGAAGCCCUAUACCGGCUAUCAAUUCAGGAUUCGAGCCACCAACGACAUGGGCCCCAGUCGCUACAGUAACGCUACUGAAACUGUUCGGACCUUACCUGCAGCUCCGAGUAAAGCCGUUGAGAAUCUGCACGUGGUUCCAAUAACUCCGAACAGCGUGCGCGUGCAGUGGACGCCGCUGUCUGAACAGUACUGGAGUGGUGAUGCUCGGACGGGAGGGUACCGAAUAUUUUAUCAACCACUCACAGACUUCCCUACUGCAUUGCAACAGACCAUGAAACUUGAAGUGACCGGUGUAAAGACUUCAGAAGCUGUUCUGACGGAGCUGGCGGUGGACCGUAACUACGAGAUCAGCGUGUGCGGCGUGAACUCGCAGGGGUCCGGUCCCGCCGGCACCCCGGCCGUGGUGUGGGUGGGCGAGGCCGUGCCCACCGCCCCGCCCGCCGCGCUCUCCGCCGUGCCGCUGUCCCCCACCGAGGUCACGCUCAACUGGGCGCCGCCCGCUCUGCACCACCGCAAUGGAGAUCUACUAGGCUAUAAGAUUUUCUACAUAAUGACAGAAUCACCCGAAGACCCGGAGCCGGGGCGACGCGUUGAGGAAGAAAUAGAAGUGGUCCCCGCCACGGCCACUUCACAUUCGCUGGUCUUUCUCGAUAAAUACACGCAAUAUCGUAUUCAGGUGUUGGCGUUUAACGCGGCCGGUGAUGGACCGCGUUCGAAUGCCGUAGUGGCACGAACGAUGCAGGGCCUGCCCUCCGCGCCCAGAAACAUUACCUUCACCGACAUCACCAUGAACAGUCUCGUAGUGGCGUGGGAGCCGCCGCGCCGCCGCAACGGUCCGGUGCAGGCCUACCUCGUCACGUACGAGACCGUGCAACAAGACGAACGUUUCAGCAAACAGGUGAAACAAAAAGUAACAGAGCGAAGGUUGGCUGUGGGCGGGCUCGAGGAGGAGGCGGAGUACCGGUUCAGCGUGCGUGCGGUGACGGUGGGUGCGGGCGCGGAGAGCGCGGCCCGCGUGCGCACCGGCCCGCAGCCCGGCUCGCCCUCCGCCCCCCGCCUGCUGCAGCUGGCGCCCGAGCUGGCGGCGCUGCGUCUGCGCUGGAACAACACCCUUUCCGGCCGCGGACCGCUCCUCGGGUAUUACAUCGAGGCACGCAGAAAAGAUGACACUCGUUGGGAAACCAUCACGAGAACAAGCAACGGAAUGUUAGAAGAGUUCACCAUUUCGUAUCAGAGCUUACUGCCGUCGACAGCUUACACGUUCCGGGUCAUCGCGUACAACGCCUACGGCAUCAGCCAGCCAGCUUACAACGAAAAAGUGAUAGUCACACCUUCGAAGCUGUACCUGGAGUACGGAUAUCUGCAAUAUCGACCCUUCUACCGACACACGUGGUUCAUGGUCGUGCUCGCCGCCACUUCCGUCGUCAUUAUCAUCACCGUCAUAGCUAUUCUUUGCGUCAAAAGCAAGAGUUACAAAUAUAAAAAAGAAGCUCAGAAGAGCCUAGAGGAGCUGACGGGCGAGCGCGAGGAGCGCGGCUCGCUGGCCAUGGAGCUGUACAGCGAGGGCGGCGCGUCGGUGCGGCGCAAGCCCGCCGCGCCCGGGAAGCCGCCGCCGCGCCCCGCGCCCGCCUCCGUGCUCUACCACAGCGACGAGGAGAGUCUGCGCGCCUACGACGCCAACGCCGACGACUCCUCGCUCACAGAGAAACCCUCGGAGAUGAGCUCCUCUGACUCGCAGAAUUCGGAAAGUGAAAACGAAAGCGUGAGGUCUGAACCACAUUCUUUCGUGAAUCAUUACGCCAACGUUAACGAUACGUUACGACAGUCUUGGAAGAAACAGCGACCCGUACGUAAUUACUCCAGCUACACGGACUCCGAGCCCGAGGGUAGCGCCGUGGUCAGCCUCAACGGAGGUCAGAUCGUGAUGAACAACAUGGCACGGUCGCGUGCCCCGCUGCCUGGCUUCUCUUCGUUUGUAUGACAGGAGGAGUCGCCCAUAGCGGCCGCACCUGCUCGAACGGUUCACAUGUGAGCCUCAUCCGCCUUAACUCUUUUUAGUCCUAGAGAAUAAGCCAUAUUGACGCAUCUGCAUAAUAGAAUGCCUAAAUUUAUAUUUAGUAAUCUAUACACAGUUAAAACAAGUGAUAACAUUGAAUCGAAACAAUACGAGAAAUCAAUAAUUUAAUACUAAAGUCGGUCAUGACGUCAUUCACAUUUAAGCAAGUUUAAAUCUGAAAUGAGUCGGCCGUUAUGACUUAGUAAAUUACAUUACAGAAUGCAUAUUCACACACUCGUUUUUUUUUUACGUUCUUAAGUAAUGUAAUAAUUGAGGUAAAUUGAAAGUGGAAGAAACGGCUAUGGUAUCUCUGACGAGGGGGAGGGUGAUGGGAGAGAUGUGCUCCGCACUAAACGCUUCACUCCCCCCUUUGCCUUUUCAUGAGUUCUGUCUCAUGCGAGGCUCGGACGUGGGUUGUUGAGCGACAGGAGGUUUUAGUCGGUUCGACUCCGACAUACCCCGCCCGCCAUCCCCAGUGGAGGGUGGGAGUACGGCGAUUUCCUCCAGACCAAAAAAAAAUAAUUGAAUAUCUGCCAGGCCCUACCUAGCGUAAACAAGUUGCAUAUCAUAGUCUUCAUACAUUCGGAUCAGAAUCAAUUCGAUUGAAUCCCCAUCUGUAGAGUUAAAUGGAGGAACUGGUACAUGUGAUAAAGAACUUUUAUUUUAUAAAGAAAAACAAGAAUGAAAUUAGGUACUGCACACUAGCUAAUAACAAUGACACAUCUCGCGAAGUCUCAAAGUUGUUUUUAGAAAAAUCUUUACUAAAUGGCUGCUAAUAUAUACACUUGCACAUUUUAUAAAAGUUAACCUGAAUUGUAUGAGCCAUUCAUUUCUCAAACACUUACAACCUUUAGCAUUUAUUAACACAAUUUUUCUAAUGUAAUCAGGCGAAGGAUGCGAUGCCGGUACGGCAGCUAGUAAAUUAGUUAACAAAAAUAAAAAUAAGACGUCUAUAACAAUUAUUAUAGACUUGUUUUAUGAUAAACUAUUUAUUUUAAUAAAAAUUUCACUGCCCAUUCCUUAUUUUAGUUAUAGUGUGUACAUAUAAAUAGUAUCUUAGCAAUAUUGAUAGCAUAAAAACUGCUCUGGAAUAGUGCUUUCAUUAUAUUAUACACUAUUGGGUUGAUUCUCAGUCAUCACUUAAUUUGAUGUGAUAAAAUGAUGACUCUCGAUUACCAUUUGACUAGAAUAGUUAACCUAAAAGUGAAUUGACCACUACCCUAUUUUAAGUCAGCAACACCAAUGCUGACUCUUCACAGUCACUCGAUAUCGAUUCGCUGCGAAGUUCUAAGGGACUUCAAUUAUAAAAAGUAAUGACAAUGUUAAUAUAUUUAUACGAAAAACUAUCAAAACUGUAACUAUAACGGAAAUCAUGGAAAUAAAAGCCACAUUUGAAGUUUGCAGAAAACUGAAUGUGUGAUACAAUUUUAUAUGUUAAUAUUUUUUUGUAUAGUGUUAUAAUAAUUUAGCCGUACGUUUUGUAAUCGCUUUAAUUAGAUUUUAAUAAGAAGUAUCCCUUUAAAAGUCUAUUUUCUUAGAUUUUUUCUAAAAUUAUUAUCAUUCUAUAAAAUGAUUAACAUCGCUCAUUACUACGUUAAAAGUUAUAUUUGAUUUAAAAUACAAUUUUAUUAUCUUUGACUAGUGUACCUAAGUUGUAUUUUACUGUAAAUUUACUUUUUAUACUUUGAAAUAUGUGUUAGAUAAAAAAACAUCAAAAGCUAUUUAUAACUGAUAUUUUAGUCCGUUUUGACUGAUAGUAAAUAAAGUUUGUUAAUGUUAUUAAGCAGCUAAAGAUGAACUUUGUCUUCGGCACAAUUAUCUCGUAACAAAUUCAUCUGUGAUUUUACAUUAAAUAAGUAUUGCUUUUUUUUGAAAAUCGAUUCUAAGGGAAAGUGUAAAAGCACUUUUUUAAAUUUAAAAAUCCAUUAUACCUCUAGCACACGUUUAAAAUUUUCUACAUUUGAAACUGUAAGGAGAGCUGUUAUUCAGCAUCAUAAAUUUUUAACACCUUUUAUGGUAGAAACCACUCUUUGAAUCUAGUUUCUCAUUUCUAGUUAUUUAAGAUUUUAUUAUGAUCAAAACAAGUAGUAUUUAAAUAGGUCACUAAAGCCACUGGUGCCAUUAAUUUGAAGACUAUGUUAAACGUUUAAGUAUACAAAUUAUAAAAGUUAGAUAAAAUCUUAUUUUAGUGUUCAUAAUAAGUACUAUUUCGAAUAUUAAAAUGAAUAAUUUAA